CUGUGUUUGUCCUGGUAGGCGGAGUGCACACUUCCCCAAAGGGGGAGGACCUUUAAAAGUUCUUAUAAAGUGUGCUGGAUGGAGUGAACAGUGAUCUGUGAUCUUCAUCUCUAUUGCACUUCACAGCGACCGCGCUGCAAUGGCACAGAACGGGACUAUAGAGAACGGGCUCGCUCGAAACGCAUGCCCUCCACCUCUGCCUCAGCCUGUGAAAAUCCCUGAGAUUAAACACACUAAGAUUUUUAUCAAUAAUGAAUGGCACACGUCAAUCAAAGGAAAGAAGUUUCCAACGAUCAACCCUGCAACAGGUGUCAAAAUCUGCGACGUUGAGGAGGCGGAUAAAGCUGAUGUGGAUGAGGCGGUGAGAGCUGCCAGAGCGGCCGGCCAGAGAGGCUCGGAGUGGCGGCUGAUGGACGCGUCGAGCCGCGGCCGGUUACUGCACAGACUCGCGGAUCUGCUGGAGCGAGAGCGCGCUGUGCUCGCGACUCUAGAAUCAAUGGACACUGGCAAACCCUUCCUGCAUGCGUUCUUUGUGGAUUUGGAUGGCAGCAUUAAGACCCUGAGAUAUUACGCCGGCUGGACGGACAAGAUUCAUGGGAAAACCAUGCCGGUCGAUGAAAACUUUGUGUGUUUUACCAAACAUGAGCCCGUCGGUGUUUGCGGAGCAAUCAUUCCGUGGAACUUCCCUCUGCUGAUGUUUAUGUGGAAGAUCGCGCCAGCUUUGGCCUGCGGAAACACAGUGGUCAUUAAACCCGCUGAGCAGACCCCACUGACGGCUCUUCACGUCGGAGCGAUCAUAAAGGAGGCUGGUUUUCCACCUGGAGUCGUGAAUAUCGUACCUGGGUUUGGACCGACGGCUGGAGCAGCAAUCGCCAGUCAUAUGAACAUCGACAAAGUGGCAUUUACAGGCUCCACAGAGGUGGGCCAGCUGAUCAAAGCGGCGGCAGCCAAGAGCAACCUGAAAAGAGUGACUCUGGAGCUGGGAGGGAAGAACCCCUGCAUUGUGUUUGCUGACUCAGACCUGCAGUCGGCGGUGGAGGAGACGCAGAAGGGUGCAUUCUUUAACCAGGGUCAGGCAUGCACCGCUGCAUCACGCAUCUACGUGGAAGAGCCGGUUUAUGAUGAGUUUGUGCGUCUCAGUGUGGAAAGAGCCAAGAAUAUAGUGAUCGGAGACCCUCUGGAGCCACGAACCUCACAUGGGCCGCAGAUCGACCAGCAUCAGUUUGAUAAGAUCCUGGAGCUGGUGGACAGUGGGAAGAAGGAGGGGGCGAUGCUGGAGUGCGGAGGCUGUGCGGUGGAGGACAGAGGUCUGUUCAUCCAUCCCACCAUCUUCUCUGAUGUCAAAGACCACAUGCGCAUCGCCAAAGAAGAGAUAUUUGGGCCUGUUCAGUGCAUCAUGAAGUUUAAGACGCAGGAGGAGGUGAUAAACAGAGCCAACAGCUCACACUACGGCCUGACAGCGGCCGUCUUCACACGAGACAUCCAUCGCGCCAUGAGUGUGUCUGCGGCGAUGGAGGCUGGAACCGUCUGGGUGAACUGCUACAACGCUUUACAUGCUCAAGCUCCGUUCGGAGGAUACAAGAUGUCAGGAAACGGCCGAGAGCUGGGUGAGUAUGCGUUGGCGGAGUACACCGAGGUCAAAGCCAUCACUAUGAAACUCAGCGAGCAGCUGACACUGUGAUCUGAAACCCAUCUGUCAAUCAACGCAUGAAGAAACUCUUUACUGCAGCUCCUUUCUGUUUAUUUCAUGUAGAUGUGCUGUACAGGUAAAAAAAAAAAAAGCAAAGAAAGAAAGUUUGUGUUGUUAUUUUUAUUUAAUUUGGAUGUUUUAAUAUCAAGCAAAGUCACCCAUCAUCUCUCAGUAUUUACUAAUAUAAAUAUAUAUAUCCACGUUGUUGAAGUGCAUAUGUUUUAUGUAGUUUUAUUGCUAUAGAUUCACACAAAAACCAUUUUCACAUCUAUGCGGCCUUUGCUUUGUUUGUUUUGGAGGUUCAGUUUGUCUUAGAGGUCUUUAAGGUCAUCUGUCAUGGCAGCUAAAUCUAAAUAUGUUACCAAGGAUAGUCUUUUAUGUGUAAAAACAUCAAAUUUUUGUGUAAUCCUCUUAAAACUGAGGUUUAAAUAAAGUCAUUUCUGCUCCACUAGUGGCACCCAACAGAACUGCACAAAAGAUGUAAAUUACUACAUUUGCUUUGUGAUGCUGAAUGCAAACUGAAUUGAUGAACCAUUUUCUACACUGUAUAUGUACAGUGUGUUGCCCUGCAUAUACUAAUGUGUAAUUGGAAUUAAAAGUGAUUUCCUUUUCUAAAUGUA